UGUGGUGUCGUGAAGUUGAGUGAUCUCGAGUGUGAACGGUUUGGGACGAACGUAUAAAUUCACCACCGCCGUUAGAUGCCUCUUUUAGUUGAACGACGGCCGUACGGUGGACGGUGUGCGUUAGAUAAGGAUUGUCCCGGGGCUGGUAGUACGAUAGGAGAAGAUCGUCAAAUAGCCCGCGUGCUCUUGUGAAAGUGUGUUCAUGGUGAUUGAAGCGAAAUUGGUGUAAACUCGAAGUGUAAUUGCUCGGUGGUAUCCUUUUGCUGGGGAAAGGUGUUCAAAAAGUUCCUCGGCCGUAAGGACGAAAUCAUGUGGUGGAGCAAGGGAUUUGUGGGGUUGGUGGUGCUAGUGCUACUGGUCGCCGUGGAGAUGCCCACCCUAACUGAAGGCGCUAGGGUGCUGGCUAUCUUCCCGUCGCCAGCCCGCAGCCACCAGAUAGUGUACCGUGCGUUCGUGAAGGGUUUGAUCGAACGGGGCCACGAGCUGACGGUUAUGACGACGGACCCGUUCGCCGACGAUCAUCCCAACGUGACCGUGAUUGAUUGGAGCUACGCGUACCGGAUCGUGGAACAAAAUCUUGACGUGGUCGACAUGAAGCAGCGCAACAUGAACUUCUACCAGAUUGCGGUCCAGUUGCGAAGGGUGACACGGAUGUUCCUUGAAGCGGAACUGGCCCAUCCGGAUGUGCAGGCGUUGAUCCACUCGCGCGAUGCACACUUCGAUGUGGUCAUCGUGGAGUACUAUCAGUUCACGCCGAUGUACGCAUUUGCCGAACUGUUCCAGGCACCGAUGAUCGGGAUCAGUUCGAUCGAUUCGAUGGGCAUGUGUCAUGAGGCGAUCGGCAAUGUGAUGAACGUGGUAGCGCAUCCCGAGAUGAACCACAAGUUUACGAAGAACUUGAACUUUUUCCAGCGUGUCGAGGCGGUCAUCUCGAAUCUGCUGAUCCAGUUCCACAUUCUGCCGACCGACUUCGCUAUCUUUGAUCGUAUGAUCGAGCAAAACUUUGGCAGCAACAUGACACGAUCCUGGGACCUGAUGCGGCGGAUCGAUUUCCUGAUGGUGAAUGCAGAACCGGCGCUCGGCUAUGUGCGUCCCCUGGUUCCGAACGCCAUCCAGCUAGGGUUCAUGCACAUUCAACCACCAAAAGCGCUGCCGGCGGAUCUGCAAUCGUAUCUGGAUCGCUCGGUGCACGGCGUGGUGUACUUUAGUCUGGGAACACUGAUCCGCAGCGAUUCGCUUAAUCAGCACAAUAUGAACCUCUUCCUGGAGGUGUUCAAAUCGCUCAAGUAUGAUGUGCUGUGGAAGCAUGACGCCGAUCUGGACCUAAACGGCACAACUAACAUUCGGAUGGAGCGCUGGGUCCCGCAGCAGGAUCUUCUUGCACAUCCGAAGGUGAGAGUGUUUGUCAUGCAGGGCGGCCAACAGUCGAUGGAGGAAGCAAUAGACCGACACGUUCCGCUCGUGGUGAUACCGUUCAACUUCGAUCAGUUUGGCAACGCGGACAAGGUGACCGAACGGGGCAUCGGCCGGUCGGUGUGGAUGGAACGCCUGACGGUGGACGGACUGCGUGAGUGCAUCAACGAUGUGGCCAGCAACAAGCGGUAUAAGCGUAACGUUGCCCGGCUGGGAAGAUUGGUGCGCGAUCAACCGAUGCGCCCGGUCGAGAAGGCGGUCUGGUGGACGGAGUACGUCAUCCGACAUAAUGGUGUGGAGCACUAUCGCUAUCCGGCCGCUCACAUGUCCUUCCUGGUGUACCACUAUUACGAUGUGAUCGGGGCAGGAGCCGCACUGGCGAUCGCCAUCCUGACAGCCGUGUACUAUUUGCUGAGGCGUGCGGUUCGAUCCCUAGGCAACGCGAUCAAGUACGGUCAGGGUCAUCUGCCGAGUGCGAAACUGUUGAAGGAAAAGGCUCUGUAAAGCUGUGACAUCUACCCGAUUCCCGGAGGUUUGGGUCAUUAUGCAAGCCCGUGUUUGAGGAGGUUAGAUGUGGCCUAAUCUGACAUUGCCCAAUAGGUAAGGAGGUCGCUGUAAGAUGUUAGACCUGCACCUGGUUCGUAACACCAUUCCGGACGAUCGUUUCGUAGUCCCCAAUUAACAGGUCGCCAACGGCCCUUACUUAACGCUGACGUUUAACGUUUCUAUCGAUCGCGGUACUUCCUGCCGGCAGACAUGGAGUCGAUCACACUAUUGCUGCAUUUUUAUCGCAGCACUCGAACGUUAGCCAAAAAACCAUUAAAGCAGGCAAUAAGGGGUUGAUUUGUGUGACAUACUUCGGUACUUUCUCUCUCUCUCUCCUUUUGUUUUGUGUUUCUCUCGAGCAAAAUACAAAAGGGUUAGACAAAAGAGUCGUUGUUAAGUCGUGAUAGUAUUAAUGUAGAGGGACAGUGGCGCUGCAAGAGUAGAGUGAUUCGGAUCACCUUUAGUACAGGGCGUAGAGAAUAGGAGGAUGAUAGUGCAGGAACUUCCGGCGAGCACUUCCGAACGAGUCGUCGACGGAGCGUAGUCUCGGGACCAACGGGCGAAUGUUCGAAGGGUUUUGUUUUCACAUAUUGCCCUCAGCCGACUGCAGACGGAAAUUGCACGUCGUAAAUCAUUUAAAACUAGACACUCGGUGCUACCGUGCUGGAUGGUCUAGGACUGCCAUAAUAAUAAAAAAACACAAACUGAAUAGGUGAACGUGUUGGGAUACACGAAGGUAAUGGGUCUUGAGUAUAUAUUGGUUUCUUGUGUAAAUAUUACCGCAUGUACAUACACACACACACACACUUACUCAAACGACCGCUGUUCGUUAAACGACGGUUGAAUUCGAAAAUUGAUGCAUACUCAAAGUGUUUUAGUUAAAAUAAAAGCAACAUAAUGUCAAACAUU